CUUGACUUGCCUUUGUUUCCGCCGAAUACAUAUUCCCGUCAUCCAUCCUGUCAUCGUGUUUACAUUUACACUCGCAGGGGACGAUGUCCUUCACUGCUGCGAGCCGCGCGUUUCACGCAAAUGUUUAUUUUACUCGACUCGUCAGCCGUUGAGAUCGGGACGCCGAAAGGUCGCGAUAUCCUUAAUAAAGGAUCGUAAUCUUCGCAGAGGAUCUAAUCGUCGCAGACUUAACCUUGUAUGUCGCUGAUCAUCACGCGACAUCCCGAUCGUUGGAAACGCGCGUCUGCUUCCCCGAAAAAGAGGAUAUCGAGAUAAUCGUCAUAAUCAGUUAAAUUUGUUUAUCCAACGGAUCGACUUUAAGGUUACCCUUCUCCCGCAAAUUAAUUCCCGAUCUCGAGGAUUACGAAACGUUUACGAGAAUACCGUAGACAUGGCCGGCAAUAGCGAGCUUUGGGUGCAAUGUUUCACGUGCUGCCUGACACCACAGGCGACGAGGAACACCGGCAGACGGAACAACGGCAGGCCGCAUCAGAGGCUCAGGAUAGACCGGAGCAUGAUCGGCGUGCCCACAAACUUCCGGCACACGGCGCACAUCAGCAGCGGCGACAUUGACAUGUCGAUUGCCCAGCUGGCCGAUCUCCAGGCGCAGAUGCAGAGGAAAGGUGGCUACAACGGCGAUUUCGGCGCCAAGGCCUGCUGAGAGGUGUUACUAAUGUCACAAAUGCAGCGGGGAAUAUUUAAUACGAUAGACAGAGAGUGAGAGACAUUUAUGGCAUGCAAUUAUGGCGAAACAACGACUGAUCUUUUAAUAUCCAUGUUCCUUACUCGUCAAAUAGACGAGUGCAUUUCUUUCGUACGCACAAAAUUGCAUUUGUACUAUAAUUCGCUUAGAGGAUUAAGACAAAUCUAUAUACAUCUGACAAAUCUUUGACUUCCACAUUUUGAAUAUACAAAUGUCAGAAAAAAUUAUUCGUAUUACAGGUAAUUAUUUAUACGUUUUUAUAUCUAUAUGGAAUGUAUUUAAAAGCUUCAAAUAUUUCAUAAAUUGUGCCUUUCUCAGCGAUCUGACCCUUAAUGUAGAGAAAAUAUGUUAUUACAAGAAUGUAUAGAGAUCGUUUUUAUUUGUAAGAUUAC